AUGCGGUCGGACGCGGAGCCCACGGCGGGCGCGGACGCGCAGGACUGCUGCCGCAGCGAGCGGCUGGUGAUCAACAUCUCGGGGCUGCGGUUCGAGACGCAGCUGCGCACGCUGGCGCUGUUCCCGGACACGCUGCUGGGGGACCCGGGCCGCCGCGUGCGCUUCUUCGACCCGCUGCGCAACGAGUACUUCUUCGACCGCCACCGGCCCAGCUUCGACGCCAUCCUCCACUACUACCAGUCGGGGGGCCGCCUGCGCCGGCCCGUGCACGUCCCGCUGGACGUGUUCCUGGAGGAGAUCCGCUUCUACCAGCUGGGGGACCAGGCCCUGGCCGCCUUCCGGGAGGACGAGGGCUGCCUGCCCGAGGCGGGCGAGGACCAGCGCCCGCUGCCCACCCGGCCUUUCCAGCGCCAGGUGUGGCUGCUCUUCGAGUACCCGGAGAGCUCGGGCCCGGCCAGGGCCAUCGCCAUCGUGUCCGUGCUGGUCAUCCUCACCUCCAUCGUCAUCUUCUGCCUGGAGACGCUGCCUCAGUUCCGGGCCGAGGGCCGAGGGGGCCUCGGGGUGGGUGACCGGCAGCGCCCGGUGUCCAGGGGAAGCCAGGAGGAGGAGGAGGACGAGGCCGAGCUCUUCCCCCCGGGCGGCGUCACCGGGGCCGGGGGACCCCUGGGCUCCCUGGGAGGGGGGCCUUCCUUCCUCACCGACCCCUUCUUCCUGGUGGAGACGCUGUGCAUCGUCUGGUUCACCUUCGAGCUGCUGGUGCGCUUCUCGGCCUGCCCCAGCAAGGCGGCCUUCUUCCGGAACAUCAUGAACAUCAUCGACAUCGUGGCCAUCUUCCCUUACUUCAUCACCCUGGGGACCGAGCUGGCCGAGCCCCAGACCCAGGCCGGGCAGAACGGGCAGCAGGCCAUGUCGCUGGCCAUCCUGAGGGUCAUCCGCUUGGUCAGGGUGUUCCGCAUCUUCAAGCUCUCCCGCCAUUCCAAGGGGCUGCAGAUCCUGGGCCAGACCCUGCAGGCGUCCAUGCGGGAGCUGGGCCUGCUCAUCUUCUUCCUCUUCAUCGGGGUCAUCCUCUUCUCCAGCGCCGUCUACUUCGCCGAGGCCGACGACGACGACUCUCUCUUCCCCAGCAUCCCCGAUGCCUUCUGGUGGGCCGUGGUCACCAUGACCACCGUGGGCUACGGCGACAUGUACCCCAUGACCGUGGGCGGGAAGAUCGUGGGGUCCCUGUGCGCCAUCGCGGGGGUGCUCACCAUCGCCCUGCCCGUGCCCGUCAUCGUGUCCAACUUCAACUACUUCUACCACCGCGAGACGGAGCAGGAGGAGCAGGUGCAGUACCUGCACGUCACGUGCGGCCAGCCCACGCCGGACCUGGACGUCACCGACAGCGGCAAGCCGGAUUUCUCCGAGGGGGUCGCCCGGGAACGGAGGUCCAGCUACCUUCCCACCCCACACCGGGCCCACGGCCCCGAGAAGAAGGUGCUCACGGAAGUCUGA